AUGACGAUAAACCCAACAGCUGUCCUGGUGCUCUGCGGCUUCUUGAGCCCAGCGACGAUCUUUAAAAAGAGCAAGAUAUUGAUAUCGAAAUCUUGGGAUCAAGUGGAUCAUUGUGACGUCAGCUGUUCCGUGUACACAUGGGAAAAUGGAUUCGACAAAACGAAGGAGAACAUUACGAAAAUAUACCCGGGAGACGCCCUAUUUGUAAACUGCGCCGUCGUCUACACAGAAUGUUUCCAAAAAGGCAAGGAGAAGCCGAUUGAUCGCUACCUGCACACGCAACUUUUGGAGGUGGAUGAUGAGCCCGAGACAGCACCCCAAAAACCGUACGGUCCAGAAACAUCGAAAAACUUCCGGCCUGACGUGCAUAUUAUCUUGAUUGAUUCUGUUUCUUCAACACAAGCAAGGAGAUCACUCCCAAAAACGAUGGAAUUUUUGCAAGAGGAAAUGGGCGGCGUUCUGAUGAACCACUUGAACAGGGUGGCUGAUAAUAGCCACCCCAAUGGAUUUGCUUUCUUGUUUGGUAGAGGAAUCACGCGUACACUAGCUCGCAAAGAGGGACUCGAAAAAUACCUGAAUACCAAAUGCAUCGAGGAAUUUCAUAUUCUGCUAAAUUAUCACGCUCAGCUGGCGAGGGCGUAUAAAAAUUCCCCGAAAUUCGGCUUUACCUGGAUCGCUGAGUUGGUACAUGGAAACGCGAAUUUCCUCUGGCACACCGACACCUUUUUCGAGCGAAUCCGCAUCGAUUCCGACAACGGCCAUCCGAAAUUUGUGGCCUCCGGAUACCCCGCCAUUCUGGCUGCUUUUCAACUCCUCCAGACGCCAGCCAUGAUUCUGACGAUCUUCCUCCUCCUCUUUGACAUUGGGAUUUAUGCUGAGGAGAUGUCCUACGAUCAACCGACGUGCGUUCACAACCUCUGCAACGCGACCGCAAUCUACCCGGGCGAUCGUUCCCUCGACCUCGUCUGCCCCGGGUCGAAAAACGAGCCGCGCGGUGAAAUCAACUACCAAUUCACUGGCUACCGGACGGUGCAGCACAAGUCAUUCUUCUGGCUGAACGGCAAGGACGUUCGCCGUGAGGACAUCACUCGGUGCGUCGACCCGCUAGAAUUUGACGAGAAGCUGCUCAAGGAGCGCCCCAGGGAGCAGAUGGCGACGGACCACGAGUGGCACGGUGUGAACUGCCAGACGUGGUCGGACAAAUGGGGAUGUCUGGAGUGCCCGUUUCAAUAUGAACCUGGAAAUCGGAGUUGGAGCAUCCAGAACCAGCUGAACGGCACGUACACCACCUGCAACCCUUUGCCCUACCGCCAGAACGCCAUCGACGACCUGGCCCCGAAAACGUUCAGCAACGCCAGCAGAAUCGCCUUGCCCGCCGGGAGAUAUUGCCCAGACGGCUACUUCCGAUAUGGGCCCUGGAGCAGAUGCUCGCCCUGCACACCCGGCUGCCUGAGGUGUACGGACGAAAAAAGCUGCCUCUUAUGUGAGGUCGGCUACCAACCGUCGUUGAACAACCAGCUCUGCUCAACAGCCAGCAGGACCAUGUGCCCGGGAGGCUUCUUCGCGCAGGAUGGGCAAUGCAAAAAAUGCUCAUACAUCACGCCGCAUUGCAACAAAUGCGAUAAGCAUGGCGUUUGCCUAAGUUGCGGUGACUCGCUGAUGCUGGCCCACGGGAAGAAUGGCAUGGUGUGCUUGGAUCUGUGCGUCAGACUAAUCCAACGCCGCGCCAUCGCCGACGUGACGCAACUAAUGGCCGCCCGACGCCACGCCCGUUCAACUACUGACCUCCGUGGACCGCAAGUACCGGAAAAAUUAGUCUCACCCGACGAAAUCGAGCAGCGCAACCCGUUGAUGAAUCGCCGAAUCAUCAUCCGGCACAUUGUAGGAAAAACCUCGAUUUUGUUGAUCAUCUACCAAUUCCAGCUGAAACGGAAGAUGGCCCAGAAGCCGAAACCGCCCGAGGUCAUCAAGGGACCGUCAUACAGCAUCUCCACCACCCAAGGCAGCCCGCCGACGGAGUCUCCGAAAAAGAGGGGCGCCACCGACUCCGGCAAGUCCGGCAAAUCCGGAAAAUUGUCGAAGCACUCGCGCGUCUCGGCGAAGACCUACAAGGAGGUGUUGUUCUCACCGGUGCCGGAGAGUCUGGAGAUCGACGCGACGAUCGUGCCGACGGCGUCCCCCGAGGGCAAUCACUUUGGCAAGAGCCCACUAAAAGCCGACAAGAAGCCGCCGACCCCGCAGAAGAACCGCUCUGGCCUCCUCCCGCCCGUCAACCGCAAGCCGUCCAUCGGCCACCUGGACAAGAAGAAGUCGUCGAACAGCGCCGAGGUGUCGGCCGGAACCAGCGGCACUAACCAGUCUCAGCAGCGCGUUGCCGCACAUCCCUCGAAGAGCCGCGACGACAACCGUUCAUCGCUCGGACUCCUCGGCAUUCUGUUGCUGCUCCUAGGCGCCGGCAUGGCGACCAUCCUCCUCGCCAUCUUCCUCCUGCUCUUCGAUGCCGGGAUUUAUGCAGAGGAUGUGGCCUACGAUCAGCCCACCUGCCUGCACGACUUCUGCGGACUGGAGAAACACUACCCGGACGAUCAUUCCCUCGAUCUCGUGUGCCCAGGCCCGAAGGACGAGCAGCGCGGCCAAAUCAACUACAACUUCACUGGCUACCGUACGCUGCGCCACAAGUCGUACUUCCUGGUUAACGGCCUGAGGGAGCCGAUGCGUCUCGAUCAAACCCGCUGCUUCGACCCGCUGGAGAAACCGGACGGGUAUACGAUGCAGACGACGGACAACGAGUGGUUCGGCGUGAACUGCCAGACGUGGAGCGAAAAAUGGGGAUGUCUGGAGUGCCCGUUCGGCUACAGCUACGCGGAAAAGGAUCGGACAUGGGGCUCGCAGGUGCAGAUAAACGGCACCUAUACGACGUGCAGCGCGCAACCGUACAAACCCGAAGUCGCCGCCGUGAUGGCCCCGACCAACUUCCAACAGGCCAUCAAGCUCACCAUGCCGAAUGGCAGAUUUUACGGGCAAGUGCCUGGAUUGCGGCGCGACCCAAAUGCUGGUGCGCAAGAAAUAUGGAUCGAUGUGCAUGGCAUUUUGCGUCAACCGUGCAAAGCCUGCAAUGCCGGUUCGGUCCGCGACUUCAAGGGGUACUGCGUCAAGAACUGUCCGCCGAGCAGCUUUGACACGAAGAAAGCCGCGCUGCCACCAAUUCCCGGCGGGAUUCGCGACUGUAUCCCGUGCGUUGACCCGGGCCGCUGUAUACGGUGUGAUUGGUACCCUUCGCUGAACUCCUCCAACGGCCCGGUGCACCCGGCAAUGGUCAUCCACGACCCCUACAACCACAGCCGGGAAAUGGAGCUGGAUGGACAUCACGUUCAACCAACACUACAUGAGCAACGACCGGGUGGUGGAGAUGACCGUACCGAUGAUGCUGAUGCUCUACGUGGCUUUGCAGUUUCCUGGUACUGUGCCGGACCCGACAACUCGGAGCUGAUCCCGUGGAAGCAGGAAAAGAGAAUUCGACGACGUGCCAUCGCAGACGUGGCCCAAUUCGUGGUCGCCCGCCGCCACGCCCGCUCAACUACCGACCUCCACGGACCACAAGUGCCAAAAGCCAUGGGCUCCGCCGACGAAACUGAACACCGGAACCCGCUGAUAGAUCGCCGCGUCAUCAUCCGGCACAUUCUGAAACGGAAGCUGGCCCAAAAGCCGAAGAUGCCCGAGGUCAUCAAAGGGCCGUCAUACAGCGUCUCCGCCACCCAGCCAAGCCCACCGACGGAGUCCCCAAAAAAGAAGGGCCACACCGACUCGGGCAAGUCCGGCAAGUCCGGAAAAUCCGGCAAGCAGUCGAAGAACUCGCGCGUCUCGGCGAAGAGCUACAAGGAGGUGUUGUUCUCGCCGGUGCCGGAGAGUUUGGAGAUUGACGCGACGAUCGUGCCGACGGAGCCCCCGGAAGGCAGCCCAUUCGGGAAAAGCCCAUUGAAGCCGAUUGCGCGGCAAAGCGAACCCGACAAGAAGCCACCGACCCCGCAGAAGAAGUCCGGCAUGCUACCGCCCAUCAUCCGCAAGGCGUCCACCGGCCAGAGUGACCACAAUGACAAGGUUGAAGAAGCCGCGCAACUCUCGCGAGGACCCCAAGCCGCCCACUUCGAAGCCGCCCACCCCGAAAACGGUGACGCCGCAGACGGCCGCUCAGCUGCCCCUACCACCACUUCCACCACUUCUGCCACUUCCGGAGCGUCGAGUGGCCAGUCGAGGAGCGGU